AUGGAUGACAAAGUGAAGCAACACUAUUUGGCUGACUCGCCUCCCUCAGUAGUGCGCUUAGAAAUCAAGACACAUUUCGAUACUCUAAAGGAUGCAAAGCUGCGUAAAUACGCGCAUUAUAUGAGCCGCGCCGCCUUUGAAGGAACUCGAAUCACCCUUCGCCAGGUUUCCCCAGAGUCAGAACCCAUCUAUGACCUCAUCGUUGAACUUCACCGGGCCUGCAAUGGAGACUGGACCGACCUUGCUCGGAGAACCGAUGUCAGCGACGAGCAUCUUCGCUACUUCCUGGAAUAUGCUGCGCAGUUCCUCGGCAACUGUGGCAACUAUAAGGGCUUUGGCGACUCGAAGUUUAUUCCCCGCUUGCCUGUUGAGGCCUUCCAAGCUUUAGCUUCUGCCUCCCCCCGGACAAAGGACGCCUUCAGUCGGGCCAACCGCACAGGAGGUGGCAUUUAUGAGACAGAUGUACAAUCGCGUAUGCACCUGGGUUACGCAGAGGGAAACCAUAUGACCACAUAUUAUCCUGAUUCGCCAUCAAUCACCAAAGAAGAAAUCACAGCCGUCGGUGACUUUUUGGAGCAAAAAGGGCUGCCGUUGGAGAAUACGCGACUGAAGAAAACAGAGACUGGGGAUUUCGAACUUCUAAUCGCUUCCGGUGUUUCGUCACCCCCGGCACGGGACCGAGAUUUGGGCGAUGUCGAUAGCCUCGACCUCGAUGGCAAGUUGAAGGGCCACAAGCUUCGCCUCGUCUUUGGUGACCAUCGAGAGGAGAUGGCAAAAGUCGCUCACAGUAUCAAGCAGGCUUCGCUGCAUGCUGCCAACGAUAAUCAGAAGCGGAUGUUAGAUGCCUACGCUCUCUCAUUUGGUUCUGGCUCUAUCGAGGCAUUCAAGGAAAGCCAGCGGAUCUGGGUAAAGGACCAGAAGCCAGCAUUAGAGACCAAUCUGGGUUUCGUCGAAACCUACAGGGAUCCGCAUGGGGUGAGAGGAGAAUGGGAAGGAUUUGUUGCUCUGGUCAAUUUGGAGCGAACCCGCGCUUUCGGCAAGCUGGUUGACAGUGCUGAGACCAUGAUUCCUAAAUUACCGUGGGGUAAAGAGUUUGAGAAGGAUAAGUUUCUCAGCCCCGACUUCACGUCUCUUGAGGUGUUGAGCUUCCAAUGCUCUGGCCUCCCAGCUGGAAUCAACCUCCCCAAUUAUGAUGACAUUCGGCAAACACUUGGGUUCAAGAACGUUUCCCUUGGGAACGUUCUGAGUGCUAAAGCCCCCAACGAGCCUAUCCCAUUCAUCGCCGAUAAAGACCUCAAAGUAUACAGCGAAAACCGUGAUGCUGCGUUUGAGGUUCAGGUUGGCAUUCAUGAGCUGCUUGGUCAUGGAUCUGGAAAGCUGCUGCAAGAGACGUCUGCUGGAAAUUACAAUUUCGACAUUUCCAACCCUCCUGUAAGUCCAGUGACUAACAAGCCUGUCACGACGUGGUACAAGCCUGGCCAAACUUGGGGCUCCGUGUUCGGGGCCGUCUCUUCGUCUUACGAGGAGUGUCGUGCAGAAUGCGUUGCAAUGGUGCUUAGUUGCGACUUUGAGAUUCUGAAGCUCUUCGGGUUUGGUGACGGCCAGGUGGACCUUGCGAACGGUGCUGGUGAUGUCCUCUUUGCGGGAUACUUGUCGAUGGCUCGUGCCGGUUUGGUUGCACUCGAAUUUUGGGAUCCCAAGACCCAGAAGUGGGGACAGGCUCACAUGCAGGCCCGCUACAGUAUCUUACGAACCUUCCUCGAUGCUGGUGACGAUUUCGUCAAGCUUUCCUACAGCAAACCAGAUCUUUCCGAUCUCGAGAUUCAUCUGGAUCGGUCGAAAAUCCUGUCACAUGGCCGACCUGCUGUGGAGAAAUACCUGCAGAAAUUGCAUGUGUACAAGAGCACUGCGGACUUCGCCUCAGGCAAGAAGCUCUAUGAUGAGAUCACAUCUGUCGAUGCGUGGUGGGGCAACGAAGUCCGCGAGGUGGUGUUGAAGAAUAAGGUUCCUCGCAAGAUUUUCGUCCAGGCGAACACCAUCCUCGACGGAGACGAGGUGACGCUCAAAGAGUACGAACCGACCCUCGAGGACUUCGUCACCUUGUCGUGGUUACCGAAUUCCUCUGGCUCGCCUUCCACGGCGCGGCCGCAUCAUCGAACGACGGACUCCGUAACGGAGGAAGACCAGGACGAGGACGACUUCUAUACUGCACCACCGCCCCACUCUCCUUGCUCGGAGGCUUCCACUUCCAGCUUCUUUUCGUCAAACCCUCCUCCUUUCUCGUCUCUUGUUUUCAACGCGGCGUCUGAUUCCAAUCGCGCAAAGGGCCCUGUCACCCCGUCCGGCUCCGCCCUCAACCCAGCCCUCGUUACUCCCCUAGUCGACGAGCAUCUCAGACCGGAACCAUCAACAUCUUUAGUCGCCGAAGUUAAAGCCUCGCUCUCUCGAGACAUCAAACCAGAUUCCUCAGCGAAGUCAGCGGAAGACGGCGAGCCUCCUCCACCAUAUACCGAAGGAUCAAGUCCGCUCGAAUCUUUCACGUACGUCAUGGCUGCCGCCGGAGGCGCGUCGAGUAUCAUCACCCAGGUACAACAAGCUGGAGGGCCGCCGAUCAAUACAUUAGGAGACAUUGGUGGCGAUGAGCACAUUACUCUAGACCUUAGAGGUACUCGAUUUACACUUUCCCGUGAUGAACUGUUGACGUUGCCGGAAUUUGUUCUUCUGUCGCUGUUUCCGAACGGCCUCCUCCCUGAUGGACAUAUGGGCACUUUCCACGAAGGUGACAUUUACCCUGUUGACUACGAUCCGGCUUCUUUACAGUACAUGCUGGAUUUCUUCCGCUCGGUUGCCCAGUCAAUUCCGUCUUCUUCGCCUUCCCCUUCGACCUCCCAAGAUGUGGAUAUCGCCCCCGAUUCCAUGCAGGCAUCUGCCAGGGACAUGCUUCAAGAUCGGGCUGGCAUCAUUGUCUUGCGCGAAGAUUUAGACUUCUACGCGAUACCUCCUCGCCCUGACAUAGAUCAUGCAGAGAUGAUGGAAGUCAAGCGCGCGGCUGCGAAAGCUUUGCUGAAGCAGGAUGGAAUAUUCUCUGGUUUGAGGAAAAGCGACGAAGCAGGUUCAACGGAGCAACACCUGAUUGAGAUGCUCACUGCUGGCGGGUUUGAUCGUGAUGAUCGAUGGGGCCACCGUGCUCCGGAGCCUAAUAAGGCAGUCAUCUGUAGCUUGGCAUUAGCCAAGCUUCGAACCGACAUUCGAAGUGAUCUGGAGAAUAACAACGCGGUGGGAAUGGCUCAAAAGCUCCUUCUCUUUUGGCGGAAACCAGCAAGAAGAUGUUGGUGGGAAGGUGUUGAGCUACAUGAUGUUGAAGGGGUAGACGGCAAGGUUAAAAUCUGGAUUCGGCGAGUAUGGACACUGGAAAUGAGCGUAAUUGGGCUCCGGUAG